AUGGCCUCACCUUCGCCGCUCCGCACAAAACCAGAUAGAAAUCAUCCUGUAGUCGCCUUCGAUGGGGCGAUUACCGCCCGCGUUCAUCCCGACCCGUCUCACCCAAACCGGGCCUUUAGCUUAGAAGUCCUCUUCCAUCUCACCCAUAACCACCUUCUAAAACUCGGUUCGCAAAAGCCGCCUCUGCAUUUCCAUCCCUAUCAAGAUGAAUACAUCCAGGUAAUCGAAGGCCGCCUCUACGUCGAGAUUGAUGGCGUCGAAACUCUUCUCACCCCUACCCAUGGCGAGGUCACAGUGAAAGCGUGGUCCAAUCAUAGGUUGUAUCCUCCUCCGCCUACCGCCGAUGGAGAGAAGUGCAAAUUCAUCCUAUCCGGUGCCGACACUCCACAUGCAUUUCGUCUUGACAAUGUAUUCUUCUCGAACUGGUAUGGAUACCAAAAUGAUGUUUUUCUCAAUGGGAAGAAAUAUGAUCUAAUACAACUUCUUUCGAUGUUCGACGCCGGUUCCUCGUAUCUUUCUUGGCCUUGGUGGAUCCCUUUUGGGCGGUAUGGCUCUAUGGCAUUUAGUAUCGUUGUCGGUAGAUGGGUCGGGGGUUUGUUGGGAUAUCAGCCUUUCUAUAGGGAGUGGAGUGUUGACUGGGAGUCAGCUUGUGCGCGCAUGCGACAGUCGAUGUUCCAAAGACGUUUUGCAGUUGAUGAGAAAGAUAAUUGA